AUGCAGCCGGGCGGGGGGUUCCCCGCUGGCAUGAACCAGCUACAGAUGCUGCAAUAUCAGCUACAGAUGCAGCAGCAGCAACAGCUACAGCAGCAGCAACAACAACAGCAACAGCAGCAACAGCAGCAACAACAGCAGCAGCCACGGCCAGGCUUGCCGCCUCAGCAGCAGGCCACUGUGCAGCGGCCAGGCCUUGCGCCGCAGAUCCACGCGCAGCAGCUGCAGCUCAUCCAACAACUCAGCCAGCAAGGGGGCAAUGGCCAGCCGCAGCAACAGCUUGUACAGCAAUUGAUGAUGCAGGCGCGCCAGGCGGCAGCUCAGGGGCAGCAGCAUCCUGCGGGGCAGCAGCUGCAGUUGCAGCAGCAGCAGCAGCAGCAGCAGCAGCAACUCCAGGCGCAGAGACAGCUAAUGCAGUUUCAGAGGCAGCAGCAGCAGCAGCAGCAGGCGCAGCUUGGGGGCGCACCUGCGGCGAUUCGCCCGGCAGCCCAGCCAGUCCUGCUUGGCGCCGCGGGCGCGCCAGGCGUCGGUUCCGCCGCCGGCGUGCAGCUUGCCGGGCGCGGCCCCGGCGCGGUGCCUGGAAGGAGAGGUGAGGUGGGCCCGCAGUAA